AUGACCAAUUAUAAUAAUUCAAUUAAUAUUUUACAAUUUAAAAUAAUUAAAUUACUCUAUCAUCAUUGUUUACCCCUUCAUCAUCAUCAUUAUCAGCAGCAGCAACAUCAGCAUUCAUCAUCAUCAUUGUUUGUCCCUCAUCAUUAUAAUCAGCACCAGCAUCAGCAUCAUCAUUACCAUCAUCAACAUCAGUAUUCAUUUUGGUCCUCAUCAUUACCAUCAUCACCAUCACCGUCAUCAGCAUCAGUAUCAGCAUUCAUCUUCAUCAAUAUUCAUCUUGCCCCCAUCAUCACCAUCAGCAUCAGUAUCAGCAUUCAUCUUCAUCACCAUCAUCAGUAUUCAUCUUGGUCCUCAUCAUCACCACCAUCAUCAUCAGCAUUCAUCUUGGUCCUCAUCAGCAUCAGCAUUCAUCAUUCACCAUCAGCAUCAGCAUCAUUGUUUGCCCCUCAUCAUCAUCAUGAUUAA